ACAUUUCCGACCCAUAUCCACAUGACGAACAGCGUAUGACUAGGAAUUUAUAAAACAACGGAGCCCUCUCACUGGCAGUCGAUAUACGGCGUACAUCCUUUAUUACUGACCUUAACAUGUAAGACCCUACAUGAGUUACAUGGUUUUAACAUGUAGAAGAUUUUGAUGUUUGAAACGCAUUACAAUUCAUUUUUACUAGCAAAAUCCGAGAAUUAAUUUUAGCAUUCUUUUUAUUGUACCAACUCAAAAGCCAUGGAGCGGUCUCGAGAUGUUCUACCGUACAAUUAGCUAACAACAGAUGAUGGCCACAACGCAGGCAAUACACGGGAAUGUCUCGGACACAUCUUUUUCCCAAAGUGGGUAUGAUUUGGAAGUUUAUGACAACGGGCACUUUUACGGCAUCCAUCUUUCGGCGUUGCUUUGCAUCCUGAUCAGUUUUCUGUGUGCAGUGACUGUUACCAUCGCAUCCUUUACAAAGCGAAAGACCAAUUUUUUCACAUGGUCGAAGAGUGACCGUUUCGUCGUGUACAUUGCUAUUUGCGAUAGCCUCUUCAACAUCGCACAUAGUUUAGACCACACCCAUGUACUCGUUACUAAAUCUCAUGUCAAGCCCAAACAACUCUGUGCCUUUUAUGGAUUUAUUUUGUCCGAAUUUUUGAGCGCACAAAUUUUCAUGAUCAACUUGGUAGCCAUCAAUGCGUUUUGCUUAAUGUUUUUCAACAAGGAUAUUCCAUUUGGAAAGUGGGACCAUCGUCUAUUAAUAUGGACUUUCGGAGCACCUCUCCUUGCUUCUAUAGUUGCAGUGUCUUUGAACCAGUUCGGGCCGAACACAGUCUUUUGUUUCAUGGACGCCAUUAGGGGAAAGCUGAUGAACACAGUCUACCUGACCAUUCCAUUGCUGAUCGUCUUCUCGGUCAAUUUGGUGUUGUACGGACUGACUUACUGGCGACUUAAAGUGGGAGCUACGAAGUUCAAAGGCUCCAGAAUGUCGUCUCGGACCAGGCGCGUGGCGAGAAACAUGAUUUUGUUUCUCCUGGCGUUUUUUGUUCAGUAUUGGGCCGCAGCUCUGUUCGGCGCGUACCAGUUGUUCACUGAUGAUAUUCCCACCGUCAUCUAUUACUUUCUGACAACAUUCACGAAUAUUGGCGGAUUUCUGAACGGGUUGGUAUACAUCGUCAUACGUCGUCGGUUCCUCCAUCGAGACAAAAGCGGCGAAAAGACAUCUGUAGACAGGCUUAACAGGUCGGGCGAUGCAAGUCCUAGCGCAAUGAGACAUAUCAAGAUUAAGAAACAGGAGGGAGACAUCGUGAAGUCAAAGGACAACAUACUUUCGCCUGAAUCUUCUUCUACGAUUCAUCAACAUGAAGAAGUGUAGAUAUGUAUUAUAACAGUUGUAGCAACAGACAUGUAUCUGCCGACACUUGUAGUAAUCACAGGGACCUGAUGAUUCCUUACAACUAUACAUGUAUGUGAACCUAAACGGAGAGGUUCACAGUAAUUUUACACGUUUUCGGGGUUAGAUCCAUUUUCGGUAAACAUUAUGCCAUCAUCGGCACAGACUUCCCCCCGAAAAUGGAACUAAACCCCAAGAACGUGUAACAUUACACUGAACAUCUCAGUUAAGGUCGUAAUAUAGCUGUAAAGAAUGUUCACGUCCCUGUAGUAGGCAUGUAAAUGACUUAGGUUAAAGUCAUCCUGUCCGCUUUCCUGAAACAGGCUGCAGUUGUUAAAGAACAUAAUUGUAUUACAUCAGUUGUUAAAGAACAUACUUGUAUUACAUCAGUUGUUAAAGAACAUAAUUGUAUUGUUAAACAAUUAUAUUGUGCCUUUAUAGAUUUUAAAAAGACUUUUGAUAGUGUUUGGAGAAUAGGCUUUUGGAACAAACUUUUGGUUAAUUUAUUACAAAUAUGUACAAUGACAUUAAGGCUAUAGUGAUGAAAGAUGGCGUAUUCUCGAAUGUAUUCCCAUGUAGUUCUGGGGUCCGGCAAGGCGAUAAUCUUUCCCCGUUUUUAUUUUCACUUUUUCUUAAUGAUUUAGAAGAUUUUAUGAAAUCACGUUACUGUAAGGUCUGUCUAAUAUAAACGACCAGCUAGAGGAGGAAUUACAUGUAUUACUGAAGCUUUAUGAAUUUUAAAGAAUUCCCGAUGGCCUUGAUUUUACAUACAACGGUACUGUUAUAGGAAUAGCUAAGGAUUUUAAAUACAUUGGGGUUUAUUUUACUAAAACUGGUUUGACACAGUUCAAUAUUAAACAACUGUAUGGUAAAGGUUUAAAAGCAAUGUAUGGUGCUAUUUCAAAAAUGUAGGGAUCAUAAUUUGUCAAUAGAUUGUCAAUUUGAUAUAUUUGACAAAGCCAUCAAACCUGUUGUUUUAUAUGGAUGUGGAGUUUGGGGUUUCUGUAACUAUGAACUUAUCGAACGUUUACAUUUAAAAUUUUGCGAACACAUAUGUAAUGUUAAAACGUCAAAACGAACUUUAUGAUAUACGGAGAACAUGGAAAGUUUCCGCUAGAUAUUAAUGUCAAAGUAAGAAUGGUCGGCUUUUGGGCUAAAUUGACAAAAAACAACCAGAAUAAAUUAAGUAAUAAACUGUUAGCAAUUUUAUCAAAUGAAUCAUCAUGGCGAAAAUAUGAGAAAAGUAUUUUUGAAGAAUGCAGUCUGAUACAUAUAUUUAAUAGUCAAGAGUUUCCAAGUAUACAUUGGCUAAAGAGUACCAUAUUUUAUAAACUAAAAAGAAAAUUUAUAUCAAACUGGAGGAAUGAAAUUUAUACUUCUCCUAAAGGAAUCAAUUAUAAAAUAUAUAAAUACGAACUUUGUUUAGAAAAGUACUUACUAGAACUCCCUCCGAUUCUCAAUAGUAUGCAUAAACAUAUGUCCAGAUAUUGUGAAAAACCAAACACAUUUAAAUAUCAUACAUUAUUCAAUUAUGUAACACAACAUGAAUUGACAUCAUUGGCUAAAUUUAUU